UUUAAUUGUCAUGUCAUGUCUUCUCUGUUGUGUCGGUGGAGACUCCUGUCCACAUUAAUUAUUUGUGUUUAAUUUGUUCGAUUGUAGAGUUGUGAAGUAAUUAUUAAUUGUGUUUGUGUUGUAUUUAUUUUGUGUCAACUGUCACUGACUAGUGACUGGUCACCGUGAAAUCGGACAGUUGCUCUAGUGCCGUAGCCUAGUACCGAGUGGACAGAAUAAUCGAAUGUAAAAUUAGUAAAACAAUAAUUGCUUUGCUAUUCUAGGUGGUAUUUAGCUGUACACUGUGCGUUAUCAAUUUGAAAUAUAAACGACGUUAAGUGGCACCAGUUCCUUAAAAUGGCCCUUUGGACAGCUGAUAAACAUUUACAUUAGUUUGUAAACGCUAGGUGUCUACCAGUGUUGGGGAAGAAAACUAAACCUGUGGUAGGACUUAGAAUAGUAGUGACUACAGGGGUGAAGCGGUAAUCUCACUCCGGUCCAGUUCCAUGCUCACGUACCGACUGGUCUCCACCCAUUUUCUGAAACAGCCGUAGUUGUCAAGAUGUGCCGUGACAGAGACAUGAACCCCCCGACCCCCUCCAGUGUCUCUGUCUGAGCCCCCCUCCCCCCUCCACCUCCGCCAAACUGUGGAACGUCGCCAAGGGCUGUAUUUGCGGCUGGGGAAGUGAAGACAGCUGCUGUGACAUCAUGCGCCGUCCGACCUUCUGUAACAACUCUGUCGCAGUCCAACCUCCCAGAUCUUCCGAUAAGGAGGAAGGUCGUCUCACGAAGGUAAAGCGAAUGUUUACAAGUUCCCUACGUAAACCUGUGGUCAACAGAGUGUUUGCUGUACCUCUAGAAGAGCUGCCUACAAACAAGGAUCACGUUCCCAAAGUGCUCAUCAAAAUGUCCAACUACAUUGAAUCUUAUGGUCUCCUAGUGGAAGGCUUGUUCCGGUUAUCAGGAGGCAACCCCGCACUGGUGGAGCAACUGAAGGCUUCAUUCAACCGUGUUGGAGACGUUGACUUAGAGACUUGCGCUGAUGUAGCGUCUGUCGCGUCACUACUCAAGCUGUGGCUGCGCGACCUGCCUGAACCACUGGUGUCGCCUGCGACUACUGCAGAACUUGUCACUCUGGUGCACAAAUAUGGUGGCUCAACAGAAUGGUGUGGCCAAGCCCGCAUAACCCUACAAGAGCUGCCUCCCCGCCAUGCAGCAACCCUGCGUCACACGCUACAGUUGUUGCACCUGUACAGUCUCCGCCAGCCAACCAGUGCUGCCAACCUGCCAGCUGUGUUCUCACCUCUGCUGUUGUGUGCCGAGUUCCACGGUAUCAGCACACCGGAGACUACUCACGUCACUGCCUGUCUCAUACGAGACUACAACCACAUUUACUGCGACAAAGUGGGAGAGAGUGUUCCGAACGAGCUGAAACAACGGAAACGCAAGGAACGUCACAACAGUGAUGCAGCCAGUCUAGACCGCAAGUUCGUCAGGUCCAAUUCUGAGGAACGGCCAAGUGUGGAGGAGAAGCAGAGCUGCCAAUCCGACAGCAUUCGCCGUGUCAGCAGUCACGAGGACUUCACUACAUCACGAAAACACACACAGAGUCACAACGUUUGCCAGCCACUGCACGAGCACAACUGGCCGACAGUGACAUCAAACAGGCACUGCCACAAACAGCGGGCUGUGCCGGCCAACAACAACAAUAACAACAACAGUGACAACAACAAUGAGAACGGGCUCAGCCAGCUCAUAGAGUCCAGUCCAUCACCUGGGUACGCCAGUGACUUGUUUGAUGAGAAUGAACAUGAGCGGCGGCGCCAGAGUGAGAGGCAUGCGCCGUGUGUACCGCCUGCUCGUGUGACCCGGCGCCGGCGCAGCACCGGCAAACUUGUGCGUCAGUGGAGCAGUAGUGACGAUCCAGACAGCUCGUCUAAGGAAAAUGAAGAGGAAGGGGCUAUGGUGGUUCAGCCGACGAUGCCGUUGUCAGAAGACGAGUCCCGUAGUACUUCGUCUAGCAGUGAGCGAUCAUUCCUGCAACUGCAUGACGAGGUGAAGGAUCGUUGUCCAUCGCCGGAGGCUACUCCCACCACUCCUCCUCUAGACUUGUCUACGUUGCAUCAACAAGUUGACUCCACCGAGCCACUCACUAGUCUGUCCUUCCGCCACCACCAGGUAGAGGACCGCUUGGUGUCUCCGCGUAGCUCCAUCGUGAUGACUCGACGAGUGUUCUCGGACGACACUCCUCAACACGCCUCCGACUCUCACCUCUCUCAAGUGUCCAAGCAAAUCCACAGCCUCAAACGUAAACUGAAGCGCUAUGAAGAAGGCUUUGAGAAGGAGUUUGGCUACAGACCGAGCCAUGCAGACAAGCUUGCCAACCCAGACACCAAAAAAAUGUGUUCCCUCCUCACCAAACUGCGGAAGGAAGUCAAGACAUUAAAAGAAGAAGGGACAUCAGUGCUCGAGAAGGCUUUACAACCUGGUUCAAGUAGCUCGGCAAACUCAAACUACGCCAAUAAAGAAGAAGCUAUUCAUGAUGUUGAAAAGAGACUGAUGGAGAAGCGAAUGACUGGUAAUCGGCCGGAGACUGUCGACGACAUGACACGAGAACAGCUGGUAGAGGAGAAGCUGGCCGUACAGAGGGGACUAUUGUACCUGGAGAAUACCUUCGGACGACCCUCAACCCGGGAGGACCGAGACCUGGUUCGGCCGCUUUAUGACAGAUACCGUUCUCUCAAGCGGCUACUGGCUAGGAACGCUCCUUCAAAACUGAAAGAGACCGUGACGGAGCUGGGGACCAUCUUGGAGCAUGAGACAAUGGACUUUACAAGCUCGUCUCCGCCUCCUCCCCCCUCCACACCCCCGGUCAUGGUACCCUCCAGCCCCCCUCGCUGCAGCACACCUGACUUGGAGAAUCUGCACGCCCUUCCGUUGCAAGAACUGUUGAAGCAGCAGCAACAGACAAGAGAAGAAAAAAAACGAUUGCGUCGAAGUUUGCGAGAGUUUGAGGAAGAAUGUCAGAAAACUGUUGGACGCAAACUAUCUCGAGAGGACAGACUUCCGAUGGAGCAAACGUAUGCAGAAUACAAACAUGCAAAAGCAAAACUGCGACUGCUAGAAGCCUUGGUGAUGAAACAGAAAUGAACUGAAACAGACACAACUGAAACAGACAAAACUGAAUUCUUGUGUGUUUAUAAAUGUACACGAGUUGCAAACUUGACGAGUACAUCAAACACAAGCGAAGAAGUGUAAGGAUGCGAAUGACAAAGAAUUAAGAGAUGUAAGUGUAACUGACAAAGAACUAUGAAGACACAAGUGUUGCUAAUAUAGAACUCUGAAGAUUCAAGUGUAGCUGACAUAGAACUAUGAAGAUUCAAGUGUAACUGUCUUAGAACUAUGAAGAUACAAGUGUAACUGACAUUAAACUAUGAAAAUACAAGUGUAACCAAGAUAGGAGUUACAUCUGUACCGAUGAAGAACUAUGAAGAUUGAAGAGUUGCUGAGAAGCGGACAUGAUAUAAGUUGCAGCAAAAUAUUCUUGUGAUGAAUUUUAAAUGAAGAGAAGCAGCCUGCAACUACAGCCAGAAUUAACGAACGUAACACAGUACAGCCAUUACAUGAGGUGCGAAGGUCAUUUAUCCCCUGUUGUCUUUUUAAACGUUGAAGGUUUAAGAAUUUUAUGAAGUAGAAAGUGAUUUUUAGUGGCAUUUUUUAUGAUUAGACUAAGUUAGAUUGACAGCUCAUAUCAAAAUUAACGUUACAGUGCUUUACUAAAAACAUUUUGCCCGAGUGAAUUGCUCAUCAGUGAAAAACAUAAACUCAGGAAUUUGUGUUAAGGCCAACGAAGACAUUCAUUUUCAGCCUUAUUCCUGUGGAAAGUCAAAAGCUUUUAUUUACGCUCUCUGUGAAUUGUGAAUAAUUUAAUGUUUUGUAAAGUAAGAAAAAGAACUAUGUUCGGUUUUAGCGUCAAAAACUUUAGACAUGCUUUAAACUUUCAGUGAUGCAAUAAAUAUACCACUAGCUUUCUAUCUUGUUAUUCUUUUAUGUAUAUAAAUACUAAUAAGUUAGUCUGUUGUUUUUAUGUUUUAGCCUUUAAGUGUUUUUGUUUGACGAAUUAACAUUGUAACUAUAGAAUAUAAAAUCAUUAGAAACCUGUGAAAACACCCUCUCUAAUAACAACUAGUGUGUCACUAACAUGAAACUAGUGGUUUUGUUAGACCCAUCGUAUGUUAUCACUAUAGCACAAGUUUCCUAACAACAAAAGUAUUGUAGUUAGAUUUUGUACAAAGAUAUAUACUAUAUUUUGUUCUAUGAACAAGUUUGUUGUUAUUUUGGGAUGCUGUUAAUAGGUGUGAUAUUUUAUUGAUUCUGUCUCUUGUCUCAUAAUGCACAAAAUAGGUGCACUCUACUUUUUAAUUAUUUUUUGAAGAGCCAAAUUAAAAUAAAUUUUAGACGAUAGUUAAGCUAUUGUAGUUUUAUAAGUACAGUAAUCUUAGAACACUGUUGCAAAAGACAUAGAAAGUGAUUAUUAAAACUCGAAAAAGUUUUAUAGUGGUUAAUGCAUAUUAUUUAAUUAAUAAUAAUACCUCAAAAAGAAUCUGAAACUUCUCAAUCUGAUGGUUAAAGAUUGUUCCGACUCAAAAUAAUCGUAUAUCACUUUGCAUUUGCGCAUUUCAACACAACAUGGUUUCAUCAAUAAUUGUACUAUCCUAAGUUGGAAGUAAUAAGCAUUUAAAAUUGGCCAGUAUUAACCUCACUAAUACCAUUCUAAUACAUUCAUUUAUAGCCUACAUAUUUAAAUAAUAUUAAUUUAAUUGGUAAAAUUUUGAGGAAAAUUGAUACAUUUAUUUCACACCUAUUGAAGUGUUUGAAAAAAAAUGUAAACUCGUGAUCGAAUAAUUGUACUUUUCUUUUUCAACUUGAAAUUUUCAUUUUUCCAAUUUUUUUUGUGCUAUACAAUAAGAAGUAGCCUUUUAAUAUAGACCUUUAACUUGGAUUACUUUUGUUUCUGUUUUUAAAAAUAGUGUAAAUAAGUGUUUUUAUGUUUUUAACCUGGACUGUAACUUUAAUAAAUGAACUUAUAUUGUGGAAACAAUAAUUAGCUUGGCUUAGAGGUUUGUCACUUUCGGGCAUUUAUUUAUUGUAGUCUAUAAAGUGAAACGACACAUUUUAUAUUUUGGAUAAUAACAUAUUUGUAUAAUAGCUGCAGUAUUUAGUUGUCUAUAGAAUAUGGUUUACAUUAGGUACAUGGUGCUUAGAUCCCCUACCCAUCCCACCAAUCAAAAUAGACUGAUGUUCGUCUUUUGGUUCAGCAUAUAUUUUACUGUAAACUUGACGUUCAGAUAAAAUAGGCUAAUGUCACAUCAUGAAUGUUUUUCACUUUAUGUAAAGGACUAACAAUUAAUUGUUUCCUAGAGGCACAAGUAAAACAUUGUUUAUUUUAAAAGUAAUUGUUUAUUAUUGUUGUAUUAAAGCAUAUAUUGGACCAAAAGAGAAUAAAAACCUUAGAUUUGAAACAACUUU